CCAGCCUGUAUCAACUCCUUUAGCAUUGGCGAUAGCCGCUAACGUUAAUCACGGAGAUCUCUAACACGCGAGCACCGAGCACUGUGGCGCCUUAACGGAGUGGAGAGGGAGAACAGACGGUUGAUGGACUAGCCUAGCCGACACAUCUUUCUCAUUCUCCUCGGGUUUCUUCGAUGGGUUUUCACCUUUUAUCGGCGUGUAGCCUCCGUCAACUGCAGCGACUGUCAACGACGGGACUGUGACCGAGUUGUGGAAAUGGCAUCAGACAACACACAACGUAGCUACUCCAUUAUACCAUGCUUCAUAUUUGUGGAGUUGGUUAUCAUGGCUGGCACGGUGCUGCUGGCUUACUACUUUGAGUGCACCGACACCUUCGGGAUCCACAUCCAGGGCUUCUUCUGCAACGAUGCUGACCUGAUGAAGCCGUAUCCUGGGGCUGAAGAGAACAGCUUCAUCCCUCCACUUGUGCUUUAUUGCGUGGUGGCUGCAGUUCCCACUGCUGUUGUCUUUAUUGGGGAGAUCUCCAUGUACGUAAUGAAGUCUACUAGAGAGGCCCUCAUUGCCCAAGAGAAGACCAUUGUUACUGGGGAAUGCUGCUACCUGAAUCCACUCAUUCGCAGGAUCAUCAGGUUUAUCGGUGUCUUCGCGUUUGGUCUGUUUGCGACAGACAUCUUCGUGAAUGCCGGUCAGGUGGUGACGGGCAAUCUGGCGCCCUACUUCCUCACCGUCUGCAAGCCAAAUUACACAGGCAUGGAAUGCCGCUUCAACCACCAGUUCAUCUCCCAUGGCAACAUCUGCACAGGGAACCAGGUGGUGGUGGAGAGAGCCAGGAGGUCCUUCCCUUCCAAAGACGCGUCACUCAGUGUCUACUCUGCGGUCUAUGUCACUAUGUACAUCACGAGCACCAUCAAGACGAAGAGCAGCCGCCUGGCUAAGCCCGUGCUGUGUUUGGGGACCCUGUGUGCAGCUUUCCUCACCGGCCUCAACCGUGUGUCGGAAUACCGCAACCACUGCUCAGACGUCAUCGCCGGCUUCAUCCUGGGAAGCUCUGUGGCUCUCUUUCUGGGUCUGUGUGUGGUGAACAACUUCAAAGGGGCUCACUCGACUCCUGCCAAACAGAAGACGGAGGAUUACCGUGGCCUCCCGCUGAUGACGUUUCCUCGUGUGGAGAGCCCUCUCGAGACCCUCAGUGCACAGAACCAUUCGGCGUCAAUGACCGAAGUCACUUGACUAAGGGGCCAGCACAGAGUCACCUUCGCUUCACCUCAACACUUCUAGGCACAAGAUGUUUUUGUACUGUCGCAUAAUGUAAAAAAAAGAAAUAAAAGUAUUAUGUUGUUCCCAGUUAGAGGCAGAUGUUUUGUACAUUUUGUAAAAGACAGUGCUGUAGCUUACCCUUCUGUUAUCUCCGAUCGUUUACAUGUCAGGAGUUCGGCCUUCCUCGUCAUGUUUUACAUCACACAGUAAAAUACAGUCUCUAUAUGAUGUUACUGAAAUAUCGAUGUUGUUAUGUGGUAUUUGUAUAAAGGAUUAUUUUAUUCUGAUUUUUCUUUCCUGUAAAUUUUUGGACAAAGAUCAUGUUUUUGUAUUAUUUUUGUUAUCUGUAUAAAACAUUUUGAUCAACUUUGCCUGCUGUUUUUCCAGGAAUGUUUUUGGUAUUCCUAUUUUUUGAUGUAAGAUAAAUGAAUACACAUUGAAUUGUGGCACAUAGAUUUUUUUUUUUUCCAAUGGCAUCUUUGAAUUGCCAUUAACUCAGCAUGAAAGUACACAGAACUGUUUGACAAACUGUUCCAUUAUUUCUGAACUGUAUAUCGUUUUUCUUUGAGGUUUGCAUUUCAUUUGAAAUGCUGCAUAUAUUUUUGAUUUGUCUGUCAAAUAAAUAGUCUGUAGCUGAACUCCU